UUCGUGGUUGUAUGUCGGCUCUAUAAUAACACAACUAACCACUACAUCUUUACACUCAGAUAAAAACACUAAUUGGUGGCCGGUUAUACGCGUAAAAGAGGAUUUCCAAACGCACGCCUUUCGACUUUUUUCGUAAUUUCGUCGAGCUCUUCCUGCAUUAUUCACGGACCCACAAAUAACGACAAACUUAAGGCACGGACAGUCAAAUUACUGACCACCGAUCGCUUUCAUAAACGCUUUUGUUUCUUUAACGAAGAUGAAGUAAAUGAAGGGGAUGCUGGACUUUGUCGGUGCGCGUAAGGCAGGUGUCCUCGAAGGCGUCAUGGAUCGAAUUGGAGCAGGAGGAUCCAUUUCCAUCAGAUGACUGGAAGCGCUGUCCGUGGUGAGUGAGGAUCAGCCCAUAUUCGAGCCAACCUACACCGCAGCCCCGGCCAUGCACAUGAAGACCGAGAUGACGUCGCCCGGCGGGUUCAGCCAGACGAACAAGCAGAGCCCCGAGCCCACUGAGCCGGAGUGGGUGGGGCCAGGAGCACCAAAUGCUGGGAAGAGAGAACACGUCAAUGGCACCAGUCGCGAGUCCCCAGUGGAUUGCAGCGUCACCAAGCGUUCCAGACACAUGAGCAAUGAAGGGGCCACGAUGCAGUACCAGGCCUCCUCGUACACGGAGCCCCGCGUCAGCCCCCAGGCCACCACCCCGCCCAGCAGUGCCACUGAGGAGAAGAGGGUCAUCGUGCCAGCAGAUCCCGAGGUGUGGACGCAGGACCACGUGCGCCAGUGGCUGGACUGGGCCAUCAAGGAGUACGUCCUGGAGCAGGUGGAUGUCAUGCUUUUCCAAGCGCUUGAUGGGAAAGCCCUGUGCAAGAUGACCAAAGACGACAUGAUGCGGCUCACGUCGGCCUACAAUGCAGACAUCCUGCUCUCGCACCUCAAUUACCUCCGGCAGAGUAGUCCAACGUUCUCCUACCCAACAACUCCCACCAACAACACACCACCACAACAACAGCCGCCCAGACAGGUGAAAACAGAGAACAGUUUUGAUGAGAUCAGCCGCAGGAACAGCUGGCCGACAAACACCAUGACUACAGUGCCUAAAGGUUCUUCAAUGGAGCACCAGCACAGUACACGUGUUACAGAGCCUGCUCCAAGGAUUGGGCAAGACCCAUAUCAGACAUUAGGACCCAUUAGCAGUCGGCUAGCCAACCCAGAAGGCCAAGCCCUCAACUCAUCCAAGAACCGAACAGGCAAACAAAGUGCAUACAAGCUCCCUGACCCCAGCACUCACAGGCCUGUGGGCUCAGGGCAGAUCCAGCUGUGGCAGUUCCUUCUGGAGCUUCUGUCUGACAGCAACAAUGCCAGCAUCAUUACCUGGGAGGGUACCAACGGCGAGUUCAAGAUGACCGACCCGGACGAAGUGGCCAAACGCUGGGGUGAGCGCAAGAGCAAGCCAAACAUGAACUACGACAAGCUGAGCCGCGCCCUGCGCUACUACUACGACAAGAACAUCAUGACUAAGGUGCACGGCAAGCGCUACGCCUACAAAUUUGACUUCCAAGGCAUCUCGCAGGCACACCAGAACCACUCAGGAGAUGGUGGGAUUGUCAAGUACCAGAAUGAGAUGUCUUAUGUCCAGACCUACCACAGCCACCAGCCCAAAAUGAACUUCAUGGGUGGCCAUCCUGCACCUAUGCCCGUCUCCCCUGGGAACUUUUUCGGCCCACCGUCACCGUACUGGAACUCACCCAACAGCCCCAUCUAUCCUGGGUCAGCCAUGACCAGACAUCCUGCCACUCACUCCCACCUGAGCUCGUACUACUGAGCACGAUGCCAACUGAACAGAAAAACAAAAACAGGAGAGGAACCCAAGUGCACCAAAGCACGCUCCGUCUCACCUGCCACUGAGCUGAACUCUGUUGAAAGAAGGCGAAAUGACGCCAUCCUUCAAAUUUUAAAGGCAUUAUUAAGUUGUCUUUGUUACGUUCCGUCUCAAAACCAAAAAAAAAAACCCCAAAAAAAACAAACCACGGACAAACAUGAGGGUAUAUUAACCCUGGUAUUGUAUGCUUCCAGGAGUUUUAUAAAUAAACUCAUAAUAUACUAUAUUAACGGUUAUUCAGUUAUGAAUUUUUUCACACAUCUGUAAAAUACUUUGUUUGAUAUUGACUGUUGUAAAGACAGACGUCAUAGUAGCAUAACAGACCUACAACUGUUCUUUUCACUUCACAGGUCAAAACAGUUAUCCCUGACUUUUUGUAAAAGGGAAAUUGUACAGAAUUAACAUGUAGCAAUAAAACAAAUGCUUGAUGUAAAGCUAAUAAAUAACGCCUGUAUGAGGAAAAAAA